AUGGAGGUCAGCUAUGGAGACCACGAAAGCUCUAGUGAAUGCCUUUGGAUCAAGAUUGGAGACAUCAUCACCAAGGCGGAUCUUAUGAUAGGUAUCUGUUACCGAUCUCCCAAUCAGGGUGGUAAGGCCAACAAAACCUUACUUUGGCCACUCAAGGAAGUCUCAGGCCGACAGAACCUGUUCCUCAUGGGUGACUUCAAUUACCUGGACAUUUGUUGGGAAAACAACACAGUGGUGCACAAGUUGUCCAUCAGGUUCCUGGAAUGCAUUGAGGACUGCUUCCUGCUACAGAUGCUGAACAUGCUGACUAGGAACAGCACAUUGCUACAUUUGCUGCUCGCAAACCAAGACGACUUACUUGACAACGUAACUACCAAUGGUAGCCUUGGAUACAGUGAUCACAACAUUGUGGAGUUUAAGAUCCUGCUGAGCACACUAAAGACCAGUAGUAGGACAAAGACCCUGGAUUUUAGAAGGGAACUUCAAUAUGCUCAGAGCCCAGCUGCGAGGGAUUCCAUGGGAAGCAUCCAUGGAGGGCAAAGGAGCAUCUGGAUGAAGUUUAACAAAGACAAGUGUGAAGUCCUACACCUGGGACGACAUAACCAAAGAGCCCAGUACAGCAUCCAUUACCACACGGGCCGCGAGUGCAGGGGAGGGGGGUUUAUUUUCACUCUUAGCCCUAGCGAGCGUAGUGGACUGUACCGUACUCUGAGUUUUGUUUUCUCUUCUCGCUGCAUAUCGGAGUUCCGCCGCUCUGGACUGCAGGAGAAUAGCACAUUGCUUAAAAUGGAUAUAAAUGGGGAGUCCAGAACUACCAUAUCUACCCUCCCUGUACCUCUUGCAGAGGUCAGUUCUGCAGGCAAAGCAGAAGCAGAGAAACCACGAUGUUCCAGUACCCCCUGCUCACCAAUGCGACGGACAGUUUCAGGCUAUCAGAUCCUUCGUAUGGAUUCUAACUACCUGGUUGGCUUCACGACUGGAGAGGAGCUGCUAAAAUUAGCCCAAAAGUAUACAGGAAAUGAAGAUAAUAAAGGGGAAUCCAGGCCUAACUUGCACUCUAAACAGCUUGAUUCAGGACUUGCAUGUUCCUCCCGUUUGUACAAAACUAAAAGUAGGUACUAUCAGCCAUAUGAGAUCCCAGCAGUAAAUGGGAGGAGGAGGAGACGGAUGCCCAGCUCAGGGGAUAAAUGCACUAAGGCUUUACCAUAUGAACCUUACAAGGCACUUCAUGGUCCCCUGCCUCUUUGCCUUUUAAAAAGUAAAAGGGCUCACUCUAAAUCCCUGGACUACCUCAAUUUAGACAAAAUGAGCAACGAGGAACCUGCUGACACAGACAUGCUACAAUACCAGCUCCAACACCUUACCCUUAGAGGGGACCAUAUGUUUGCAAGAAAUAACACAUGAACUAUGAACUAUAAUCUAGAAUUUAGAACCAGUUUCUGGUUAUUUCUCUGUUGCUGCAAAAAUCCACUGUCAUAUUGUGCACAUGACUGUCCACAUUGUAGGGGGUAUCAGCUAAAUGUUAUCAAAAAGUAAUUUAUUUGAAUAGAAUUUUGACAGUGCAUUGUGUUACAAACACUUGGAGGGAAAAAAUCUUUCCAGAGCAAGCAGCUUCUAAUGCAAAUUUGACUGCAGCUGAUGGAUAUUUCUUUGGACACCUUUUAACAAAGAAAAGGCUUUUGGUUUUUGGAUUUGGGUUUGGUUUAUUUUGUAGUUAUCUAGUAUUUAUGGUCAUUUAAUACUGAAAAAUUGAUGGUCUGCUUGGUUGUUGCUAAUUUUGACUUGACGUUAGAAAUUGCUCUUGGAUAAGUACUCAAGUUAUCUUUUUGUUUCUUACUGUAUUCUACAAUAAAAUGUAUGUAUGAUUUUUUACAUCAUGGGAAGGAAUGUGAGCUUGGCUAAAUUGGAUCACUUGUUAUUUUAAACCAUCCCAUUCAAACAUUUUGAAACUGGGUUUGCAGUGGUGGCGAGGAAGAAAUUCACUCAUAAAAUAAACCUUUGUUCAUUUGCUACUUUAAACCUAUUAAAUUAUUUUUUAGUUUCUGCAUGGAAGUAAUUGUUUUGCCUCCUCUGUUUUAUAAAACUAGUUUGGAAUAAGUAUUUGGAAUAUUAAAAAAUAUUUUUGAGAGUGAAGGGUUUGGGGUUUUUUUGUUAAUAUGACUUAUUUUUUAUGUUGUCUUGACAUGUAAACAAGGAUUCACUUCAGAUUCCAGUAAAUGCACUAGAAUGUCUGCAUCAGUAUAUCAAUAAAGUUUUUCAUUUUAAUUCAUGAUUUCUAUAUAGUAUAGUAAUGGAAGAUGUCAAAUAUCUCUAGCAUUGCUUUGGAAAUUUAGUCUAUUUGAAGCACUGAACACUUUUAUUAAGAUCCGGAAGACGGAUUUUUAGAUGGAGUGCAAGUGAAGUGUUUCUAUAUCAGCCCUGAAGAGCUGAUUCUGGAUUAUUCAACAGAGUAGAUUGAAUACACUGGCUUAAUUUGUUGCUUAAGAAUUUUUUGUCCAAAUAUGACAUCAAAUGCAGUUUUGACAGCUGUAUUCUUAGAUAUAUUUAAAACAUGUUAGUAACUUAUGCUUAAAAAUUUAAAAAAGUUUUUAGACAUUUUUAGGUGCAAUCUAUUACUGAAGCAGUGUGCAACUUGGUUUUGGUUUACUUAUUUAGAAGUUAAAAUUAAGAUCACGUUGUUUUGAAACAUAACUUAUUUGAUCAGUUGUUUCUGGUACAAUUCAGGGUUUUUUUGUUUCUCCUUCAGAAGGAAUAGCAAGCACUAGUCAGUGCAUGUGUUGUGGAAAAUUAAGAGUUCUUUUCAUUCUGCCACUUACUCCACAAUUGUAACUGAAGGCAGUGAAGAGGAGCCCAGUAGACUAUGUUUUACUGGUUUGGUUAAUGUUUUCUGGCUUAUUAGAAUAUUUAAAACUGAUGUGUAUUUUAAAGAGUUAACUGCACCUCUGUAAAUUUAAUGUAUUGAACAAUGAUCUCUAAAGUAAACUUUUCCUAUGUAGUCUGAAAAACAGAAUAUGGUCAGAUGCCAAAGAGAUGGAAGUUUUGUCUAAUGAAUAAACACCACUAUAUUGAAAUGCCCUAUGAAAAUGUUAUUUCUGGCUGAAAAAUAAAAAAGAGUGAUAUAAAUACCUAUUUUUGUGGAGUCUUUUGCUGUGUAGAAUAAUGAGGACAUUUAAAAAUACAACAUUAGACCAGGAAUCAUUAAAUCUUGAAAGCAGGAAUCUUAUACUUCUGUGAAAUAUUUAGACAGUUAGGAUUCUUCUGUUGUUUCAGGAAAUCAGACAUACAAUUGUUAGUACAUUUUGUGCAUAUUGUUACUUUGGUCCUGUGCAGUAAUUGUAUAGUUACAUCUAUAGAGAGGCUGGUGGCUGUCUUGCCAAGUUCAAACAUGAAAAAUUUGUUAGUACUUUUUCUGUCUUGUGGCUUGCUUGUGAAAGUGAUUGCACCUGAUAACAUUGCUUAACUGUUUUACACUUGCAGUUACACUUGCAUAGUACAUAAUCAUUCAAGAGCCAUAUUUUUUUUUAAGUUGGAUUGGUAAUGUUCUUAAUUACAGCUCUUAAAUUCAUAUAGUGAUUUCCUGUUUUUACUUCUAAAAGCAGCAAAAUCUCAGACAUAAGAAAGCUUUUAAUCUUCUCAUUUUUUAUAAUUAUGUCUUACAUUAAUCUAUUAAAAUUAAAGGCAAGAUGGUUCUUUAGACUACUAAAAUGAAAUUGAAUGUGAACAAUACUGACUUCUCAAACUGAGAUCUUUACUAAAUAUCAGGCUCUGGACAUUAUUGCAGCCUUUCAAUACAUAAAGGGGAAAGCCGGAGAGAGACUUUUUACCAGGGCCUGUAGUGACAGGACAAUGGGUAAUAGUUUUAAACUAAAAGAGGGUAGAUUUAGAUUAGAUAUAAGGAAGAAAUUCUUUAUGCUGAGGGUGGUGAGACACUGCAACAGGUUGCACAAAGAAGCUAAGGAUGCCCCAUCCCUGGAAGUGUUCAAGGUCAGCAACCUAAUCUAGUGGAAGAUGUCCCUGCCCCCUGCAGGGGGUUGGGAACUAGAUGAUAUUUGAAGGUCCCUUCCAACCAAAACCAUUCUAUGAUUUUAUGAAUACAGAGUUCUCAGCAUUCUUCUACUAAAUUAAAAGAAAAAAUUGCAUUGAGAAAACAAUGUUUCCCUGUGGCCUACAGAUAUCUUCCAGAUGAUAAGAAGAGUGAAGGUGGUAGAAGCAAUAAAAGGUAGUAACACUAAUCAUAGAAUCUUUAGGUUGGAAAAGACCUUUAAGAUCAUCAAGUCCAACCAUAAACCUAGCAUUGCCAAUCCACCACUAAACCAUGUCCCUAAGCACCACAUCUACAUGGCUUUCAAAAUACCUGAUAACUCUACCGCUUCCCUGGGCAACCUGUUCCAGUGCUUGAUAACCCUUUCAGUGAAGACAUUUUUACUAAUAUCCAAUCUAAAGCUCCCCUGGCACAACUUGAGGCCGUUUCCUCUUGUCCUGUCACUUGGGAAAAGAGACCAACACCCACCUCGCUACAACCUCCUUUCAGGUAGUUGUAGAGAGCAAUAAGGUCUCCCCUCAGCCUCCUUUUCUCCAGACUAAACAACCCCAGUUCCCUCAGCUGCUCCUCAUAAGACUUGUGCUCUAGACCCUUCACCAGCUUUGUUGCUCUUCUUUGGAUG